AUGUCGUGGUGCCUUCAAACCCAUGCUGGGCCCCGAUGUCCUGAUGUUUCUUGUGUUUUCCCACUGCCAGGUGCGAAGGCACAUGUGAGCAUGCAGGCUGGAGAGGGAGGAAGUGAGCAAGAGAGAGGACAGGGUGAGCCUGUGUGCGGAGCCGCAGCAGUCUACAAAACAGAAAACCAAGAAUUUGGCAAAGAAGGUCUUGCUGCCACUGGCGCUGUAGCUCCUCUGAACCAAGGGUACCUCGAGGAAGCUGGUGCCAGUGGCGGUGGGCCGGAUACACAACCCGCAGGGCAGCAGAUUUCUGUGGUCAUGAGGAGGCCUGGGGAUGUACAGCCUGUGCCAGUGCUCGUGUCCCGACGGUCCCUUCGCGACAACUUCAACUUGUGGCAACUGCAGGAGCUUGAGCGCAUUUUCCAGUGCAGUCACUACAUCAGCCCUGCAAAACGGAGACAUCUGGCAAGAUUGAUGGGUGUGACAGAAUCCAAAGUUCAG